GACCCAAUAACAAAUCACUACUCACCAGGAAAACAAGAAUUCAAAACCCUAGUUCCGCAUAGAAUCCCUCCUCUCUUCAAAGUUUCUCUAUUCUGUAACGUUUUCACCUUUGCUAAGAAUCAUUCUUUGAGAGUAAGUAAUUGAAAAUGAGUGGAGCAGGAGAGAAAGGAUCAACAACCACCAAGACGCCAGCAGAUUUUCUCAAGUCUAUUCGUGGACGACCUGUUGUUGUUAAAUUGAACUCUGGUGUUGACUAUCGAGGUAUCCUUGCCUGUUUAGAUGGAUACAUGAAUAUAGCAAUGGAGCAAACCGAAGAAUAUGUUAAUGGGCAGUUGAAGAACAAAUAUGGUGACGCCUUCAUACGAGGAAAUAACGUGCUUUACAUCAGCACUUCGAAGAGAACACUAGGGGAGGGAGCUUAAAUCGCGCACAAGUGACUGGCCCUAGUUAUCCUGGCUGCUUUGAUUAUGUAACUGGCCUUUCUUCAACAUGCCCAUGAAGUUUCCUCUUAGUGUUGUAAUUUGUGUAGGUUUUGGUAGAUCAUGGAUGUUACAUUAAGUGCUAUUUCUUUAGUGAGUCAAUGACAUUUUUUGCAUUGCCAAGAUUAAGAAAUAGCAAAUUUUCAUGGUGGAUUUCAGUUUUUGUUAAGCAAUUUGAUGCUUACUUUAUUUUGGAUAAUAGAUGCAUAUAAAAUUCACUUGUCUUGAGUUCUGCAAGAGUUAAAUUCUUCUUCUCUA